GGUUAGUUUUGUUUCCCUGCUCCGGAUGCAGGAGUUGGUAAACUCGCUGCAGUGGGUGGAGAGAGGCCUCUAGACUUCAGUUUCAGUUUCCUGGCUCUGGGCAGCAGCCGGAUUUCCUCUGCUUCCCAUCCUACCAUUCACUGUCUUGCCGGCAGCCAGCUGGGAGCAAUGGGAAACGGGGCGUCCCAGCUGUCCUCGGUGCCCGCUCAGAAGCUGGGCUGGUUUAUCCAGGAAUACCUGAAGCCCUACGAAGAGUGUCAGACAAUGAUCGACGACAUGGUGAACAUCAUCUGUGACGUCCUGCAGGAACCCGAACAGUUCCCCCUGGUGCAGGGAGUGGCCAUAGGUGGCUCCUAUGGACGGAAAACAGUCUUAAGAGGCAACUCCGAUGGUACCCUCGUCCUCUUCUUCAGUAAUUUAAAACAAUUCCAGGAUCAGAAGAGAAUCCAACGUGACAUCCUCGAUAAAACUGGGGAUAAGCUGAAGUUAUGUCUGUUCACGAAGUGGAUGGAAAGCAGUUUCGAGAUCCAGAAGUCCCAUGAUGGGUUCACUAUCCAGCUGUUCACAAAAAAUCAGAGAAUCUCUUUCGAGGUGCUGGCCACCUUCAACGCUCUGAGCUUCAAUGAUAAUCCCAGCCCCUGGAUCUAUCGAGAGCUCAAAAGAUCCUUGGAUAAGACAAAUGCCAGUCCUGGUGAGUUUGCAGUCUGCUUCACCGAACUCCAGCAGAAGUUUUUUGACAACCGUCCCAGAAAACUAAAGGAUUUGAUCCUCUUGAUAAAGCACUGGCAUCAACAGUGCGAGAAAAAAAUCAAGGAUUUACCCUCGCUGUCUCCGUAUGCCCUGGAGCUGCUUACGGUGUAUGCCUGGGAACAGGGGUGCAGAAAAGACAACUUUGACAUUGCUGAAGGCGUCAGAACCAUUCUGGAGCUGAUCAAACACCAGGAGCAGCUGUGUAUCUAUUGGACGGUCAACUACAGCUUUGAAGAUGAGACCGUCAGGAACAUCCUGCUGCACCAGCUCCAAUCAGCGAGGCCAGUAAUCUUGGAUCCAGCCGACCCAACCAAUAAUGUGAGUGGAGAUAAAAUAUGCUGGCAAUGGCUGAAAAAAGAAGCUCAAACCUGGUUGACUUCUCCCAAUCUGGAUAAUGAGUUACCUGCACCAUCUUGGAAUGUUCUGCCUGCACCACUCUUCACGACCCCAGGCCACCUUCUGGAUAAGUUCAUCAAGGAGUUUCUCCAGCCCAACAAAUGCUUCCUAGAGCAGAUCGACAGUGCUGUUAACAUCAUCCGUACAUUCCUUAAAGAAAACUGCUUCCGACAAUCAACUGCCAAGAUCCAGAUUGUCCGGGGAGGAUCAACCGCCAAAGGCACAGCUCUGAAGACUGGCUCUGAUGCCGACCUCGUCGUGUUCCAUAACUCACUUAAAAGCUACAUCUCCCAAAAAAAUGAGCGACACAAAAUCGUCAAGGAAAUCCACAAACAGCUGGAAGCCUUUUGGAGGGAGAAGAAGGAGGAGCUUGAAGUCAGCUUUGAGCCUCCCAAGUGGAAGGCUCCCAGGGUGCUGCGCUUCUCUCUGAAAUCCAAAGUCCUCAACCAAAGUGUCAGCUUUGAUGUGCUUCCUGCCUUUAAUGCACUGGGUCAGCUGAGUUCUGGCUCCACACCCAGCCCCGAGGUUUAUGCAGGGCUCAUUGAUCUGUAUAAAUCCUCGGACCUCCCGGGAGGAGAGUUUUCUACCUGUUUCACAGUCCUGCAGCGAAACUUCAUUCGCUCCCGGCCCACCAAACUAAAGAAUUUAAUUCGCCUGGUGAAGCACUGGUACAAAGAGUGUGAAAGGAAACUGAAGCCAAAGGGGUCUUUGCCCCCAAAGUAUGCCUUGGAGCUGCUCGCCGUCUAUGCCUGGGAGCAGGGGAGUGGAGCGUCAGAUUUUGACACUGCAGAAGGUUUCCGGACGGUCCUGGAGCUGGUCACACAAUAUCAGCAGCUCUGCAUCUUCUGGAAGAUCAAUUACAACUUUGAAGAUGAGACCGUGAGGAAGUUCCUACUGAGCCAGUUGCAGAAAACCAGGCCUGUGAUCUUGGACCCAGCCGAACCCACAGGUGACGUGGGUGGAGGGGACCGUUGGUGUUGGCAUCUUCUGGCAAAAGAAGCAAAGGAAUGGUUAUUCUCUCUCUGCUUCAAGGAUGGGACUGGAAACCCAAUACCACCCUGGAAAGUGCCGACAAUGCAGACACCAGGAGGUUGUGGAGCUAGGAUCCAUCCUAUUGUCAAUGAGAUGUUCUCAUCCAGAAGCCAUAGAAUCCUGAAUAAUAAUUCUAGAAGAAACUUCUAGAGGCCAUCUGGCAAUCACUUUUAAAGACUUGGCUCACCAUAAGAAAGAGUCACUCACAUCCAUUCUUCCCUUGAUGGUCCCUAUUCCUCCUUCCCUUACUUCUUGGACUUCUUGAAAUCAAUCAAGACUGCAAACCCUUUCAUAAACUCUUGCCUUGCUGAACUCCCUCUCUGCAGGCGGCCUGCCUUUAAAAAGAGUUGCUGUCAUCCACUUUAUGUGCAUCAUAUUUCUGUCAACUUGUACUUUUUUUUCUUGUAUUUUUCCAAUUAGCUCCUCCUUUUUCCUUCCAGUCUAAAAAAGGAAUCCUCUGUGUCUUCAAAGCGAAGCUCUUUACUUGCCCCUUGGUUCUCAUAACUCUGUGAUCUUGCUCUCGGUGCUUCCAACUCAUCCACAUCCUGUCUGUUUCCUCUGUAUACAAAACCCUUCCUGCCCCUGCUGACACAGACAUCUUCUAUGCCAGCAGUCAGCCAACCCUUUCAUUAGAUCUUCAAGCUCUCCAAAGGCUCAAAUUAUAACUGUUGCCAUAUUUAUAUGAGGCUGUUGUCUUUUCCUUCUGAGCCUGCCUUUCUCUCCCCACCCAGGAGUAUCCUCUUGCCAAAUCAAAAGACUUUUUCCUUGGGCUUUAGCCUUAAAGAUACUUGAAGGUCUAGGUGCUUUAACCUCACAUACCCUCACUUAAACUUUUAUCACUGUUGCAUAUACCAGUUGUGAUACAAUAAAGAAUGUAUCUGGCUUUUGUGCCUAGUUCCUAGCACACAGCUUCAAAAACUCUAGAGUUUCCUGAUAGGAGUGUCUUUUGUAUUCAUAAUAAGCCCUUUUCACCCCUUCCUGGGUUUAUGCUAACAAGGUUACCCAUGGUGGGCCCUUAGUUUCAAGGGAGGAGUUGGCCAAGCCAGAAAGACCAAGCAUGUGAUUAAAGCAUUGGAAUUUUCAGCCCCAUCCCACCCCCAAUCUCCAAGGAGGUGAUGGGGCUGGAAAUUGAGUUCAAUUUUAACAUGGCCAGUGAUUUAAGCAAUGAUGCCUAUGUAAAGAAACCCCAAUAAAAACUCUGGACAGUGAGGCUUGGGGAACUUCCUGGUUGGUGAACAUUCUAAGGUACUAGGAAGGUAGCACAUCCUGAUUCCACAGGGACAAAGGCUCCUGAGCCCUGGACCCUUCCAGUGCUUGCCAACCUACACAUCUCUUUGUCUGGCUCUUCAUUUAUAUUCUUUAUAAUAAAAUGGUGAUUGUAAGUAAAGCA